CCUCCAUGCUGCAGCUGAUUCACAGUAUUACAGCAGACCCUGCAGAUGACACCAAGUGCUCCCUCAUAUUUGCUAACCAGACUAAGGAUAUUCUACUGCGGGAGGAACUAGAGAAGGUGCUGAAGAGUCACUCUGAACAACUCAAUUUGUGGUUCACUAUUGACAGACCUCCACAGGACUGGAAGUACAGCUCAGGGUUUGUGAACGCUGAUAUGAUGAAAGAGAUGAAAGAGCACCUUCCCCUGGUGUCCAACGAUGUGCUCAUUGUCAUGUGUGGCCCACUCCCCAUGACCCUGCAUCCGCCCCAACCUCUCCAUUCUGGGCUACAAGACAGAGAACACAUUCACAUACUGAUAACUCCCAGGCCUCCAACUAGGCAUAGAUACAUUAAAACGCACCAGGAUAUUUAAGACAAUAUGUUCUAUUGAAUUCUGUAUGUAGAACACAAUGUAACAGCCUACAUUUCAAGACCAACAGGAUAUUCUCUAACGUUUUGAAUAAUAAAUGUCAUAUUUGCAUGUUGAACAUUCAAAUAACUUUUUUGUGUGAGAUACUGUGAAAAGUUAGUUGGCUUUUAGUAUGUUUCAACUGUUUUAGUAACAAUUGUUCUAAUUAUGUACUGUAUCUAAAGCAUUUGGAUGUUUUGUACUGUAUCUAAAGCAUUUGGAUGUUUUGUACUGUAUCUAAAGCAUUUGGAUGUUUUGUACUGUAUCUAAAGCAUUUGGAUGUUAUGUACUGUAUCUAAAGCAUUUGGAUGUUAUGUACUGUAUCUAAAGCAUUUGGAUGUUAUGUACUGUAUCUAAAGCUUUUGGAUGUUUUGUACUGUAUCUAAAGCAUUUGGAUGUUAUGUACUGUAUCUAAAGCAUUUGGAUGUUAUGUACUGUAUCUAAAGCAUUUGGAUGUUUUGUACUGUAUCUAAAGCAUUUGGAUGUUUUGUUGAA